AGACAGACUUUAACCAAAGACUCGCCCUGUGUAAGUCAAAGAUUUUAUAUUUACUUCUUUCUAAAUAAAGUCCAAACGGCACCUGGACAAGCAGAGAAACAAUAUUUUUAUGAAAUUCUGAAGACAACUAACGAUAUCCAUGAUGUAUUUCCCCAUGAUGGAACUGGCACUUGUGCUGUUUGCAUCCUCCAACUUAGCCAUGUCGGUCAGAAAAGACAUCCGGUCACCACAGACACUAUCAAGAGGUUGGGGAGAUGAAAUCACAUGGGUACAAACAUAUGAAGAAGGACUUUAUAAUGCAAAGAAAAGAAAUAAACCCUUAAUGGUAAUUCAUCAUUUAGAAGAGUGUCAGUAUUGCCAAGCACUGAAGAAAGCAUUUGCAGAAAGUGAAGAAGCUCAGGCAUUAGCCGAAGAACAUUUCAUAAUGCUCAACCUUAUGCAUGAAACAACUGAUAAAAACCUUUCACCUGAUGGACAGUAUGUGCCUCGGAUAAUGUUUAUUGAUCCAUCUCUUACCGUUAGAGCUGAUAUUACAGGAAGAUAUUCAAAUCGUCUUUACACUUAUGAGCCACAGGACCUGUCACUAUUGAUAGAAAAUAUGAACAAAGCUGUACACCUUUUGCAGACUGAACUCUGAUCACUUCCAGUUACUGCCAAAUGAAUGGAGGAUUCAUCCCUGCCAUCUGAACACAACUACAAAGUGUGAAUGCAAAGGGCACAAGGAAAGGAGGAGAAAGGUCCCCUUGAUUGUAAUAGAAUGUUUUAUAUAUUGUUUUGCUACAUGAGAAAUGAUGGGUAUACAAUCAGUGUUAUCACAGGUCCAUAAACACUGUAAUAACCAAAUGAAAUAAAAAGAACAGAACAUGCA